AUGUUCUGUCUAAAGACACUUCUGUUUCUGCUCUUACUCCACAUGCAGCUUUCCAAGGCCUUUCCAGUAUCUUCCAAAUACUCAGAAGAGAAAAAUGCAAAAAUUGUCCAGGAUUACCUAGAAAAGUUCUAUCAAUUACCAAGCAACCGAUACCGGUCUGCAAGGAAGAACAGCACUGGUAUGAUUGUUGAAAAGCUUAAAGAAAUGCAGCGAUUUUUUGGGUUGAAUGUGACGGGGAAGAUUGUAAACUACACCCCACAGUUGUCAGAGGCUGAUGUAGAAUCGGCUGUUGAGAAAGCCUUUGGACUCUGGAGUGCUGUAUCCCCCCUGAUCUUCACCAGGAUGUCUCAGGGAGAAGCAGACAUCGAGAUUUCUUUCGUCCAAGGAGAUCAUGGUGACAAUUCUCCAUUUGAUGGACCCAAUGGAAUCCUUGCUCAUGCCUUUCAGCCAGGCCGAGGUAUUGGAGGAGAUGCUCAUUUUGAUGCAGAAGAAACGUGGACCAAAACCAACAUAGAUUACAACUUGUUUCUUGUGGCUGCUCAUGAAUUUGGCCAUUCUUUGGGGCUCGCUCACUCCACUGACCCUGGUGCUUUGAUGUAUCCCAACUACGCUUUCAGUGAACCCAGUACCUACUCGCUCCCUCAAGAUGACAUCAAUGGCAUUCAGGCCAUCUAUGGACCAUCAAACAACCCUAUCCAACCUACUGGACCAAGCACACCCAGAAACUGUGACCCCAGGUUGACAUUUGAUGCUAUAACCACACUUCGUGGAGAAAUACUUUUCUUUAAAGACAGGUAUUUCUGGAGAAGGCACCCUCAGCUAAGAAAAGUUGAACUCGAUUUUAUUUCUCUAUUCUGGCCAUUCCUGCCAAAUGGUAUACAGGCUGCUUAUGAAGAUUCUGACAGGGACCUGGUUUUCCUAUUUAAAGGCAACCAAUACUGGGCUCUGAGUGGCUAUGACAUUCAGCAAGGUUAUCCCAAGCAUAUAUCAAACUAUGGCUUCCCAAGCACUGUCCAAGCAAUCGAUGCUGCUGUUUUCUACAAAUCAAAAAUAUACUUCUUUGUAAACAACCAGUCCUGGAGCUAUGAUAACCAAAGACAAUUCAUGGAACCGGAUUAUCCCAAAAGCACAUCAAGUAUCUUUCCAGGAAUAAGUACAGUUGAUGCAGUUUUCCAACAGGAUGACUUCUUCUAUUUCUUCAGUGGACCAAGAUAUUAUACAUUUGAUCUUCGUGCUCAUAGAGUUACUGGGAUUGAUAGAAGUAAUAAAUGGCUUAAAUGUAGAUAA